UUCUCCGGUUCCUGGAAUUUUUCAAACCUCGAAAUGGAGGCGGAAGGGGAAAGCUGCGCCUCCCAGUCGCGGCGGCACGGAACCGCGUCUCCGCCGAGCGAUCCCGCUCGGAUGGCGGGAGGAGCUUCCAGAUACCUUGCCGACCUCCCCUCCCGUGGCCUCUUCUCCAACACCAUCCCCUCUUCGAACCUGGGGGGCAUCCGGGUUUAUGUCUGUGACCAUGAUACGACGCCCCCAGAUGAACAACUAAUUAAGACAAACACAACGAACAUAUUGAUUAGAGCUCUCCAAAUCAACAAACAAAAGAGUGAUUCAAAGGAUGCAGCAACUAAAGCUACAUCAGAGAGCAAGAAAGGAAAAAGGUUCAUUCUCCCUUGUUUUCCUACAGUUGGCUUGGCGAGGAAGUUGGUUUCGUUAGUUCAGGCUGGUUGUAAAGAUUGGAACAUAUGGAUAUCUGCUGAAAGAACUUCAGAAGGAAGGACUCCAUCUAAAAGAGCAAAAACUAAUAUUGCUCCUGGUAGUACCCAUCAAGAGGGAACCAGUUCUGGCUUUUCUUGGAGGAUGCUUCAUACUAUGACUGUAGAGCGGUUGCGUGCACUACUGAAAGAGAGAGGGCUCUCCCCAAGAGGGAAAAAGGACGAACUGAUUACGCGCUUGCAAAAUGAAGCAUAAGUGGAAAGGGCAACUAACAAGUUUCCAAGAGGUUGUUCCAUCAAAAUGUACGGUGUAGGAUUUGUUGAACCCAGUGUUAAGCUUAAAAUGUUAUAUCUGAAGCGCCCAAAUGGUUUGCCAUCCAUGUCUGAAUAUUUUGGUGUAUCUUGUUGCAUAACAGGGCACGUCUAGUGAUGACUAUGAUUUUGAUUGUCCAAUGCACUCUACUGUACUGCAUAUAUGUUAGUAGUCUUUAUUAACAUCAAAUUCCAUAGAUCCUCAGUUUGAUUA